CAGGCAGGACAAGCGCUUCACUCGCGCGGAACCCACGGAGGUGGCGCCCAGGGCUCUCGGUGUACUCGGGUCACUUGCAUUUGAAUUGCACUUGUGGGAUCCCCUGCAACAUGAUUCAAAUCCAGCACCAAGAGUUAGUGAACUUGAAAGAUGUAGUUAUAGACUUCACCCCGGAAGAAUGGGCUCUGCUGGAUGCAUUCCAGAAAAUGCUGUUCAGAGAUGUGAUGGUGGAGAAUAUCAGUCAUCUGCUUUCAGUGGGAAAUCAGAUCUGCAAAUCUGAUGAAGCCUCCAAGUUCAAUCAAGUAGAGAAACUGAUGAAAGAAGGAAUUGGAUUUUUCCAAAGCCAGAAUUCAGGCAGUGAAGGUGGCUUAAACAAACAAGGAAUGCUCUCCAUGCAACAUAUCUGCAGGAAAGACACAUUUACAAUCAUACCAUUGAAGCCAAAUUCUAAUACUCAAGAGAACAGAAUUAUGUGUAGUGAAUUGCCAGAAGAUUUUACUCAACCUGUGUUAAAUCACAAGGGAAAGAAAACCUACUUUGGCAAUCUGUUUGGAAAAUCCCUCAAUGAUCAGUCAUCUUUUAAUCAACAAAAGCAUUUUCACACUAGAAGUAAACCAUAUGAAUGUCUUCUAGUUGGUAAAUCCUUUGUUGAAAGCUCUGUCCUUACACAAUACAAUGGAAGUUACAUUGGAGAGAAACCCUAUGAAUAUCAUCUGUGUGAGAAAGCCUCCACUCAUAAUUCUGGCAUCAGAGUACAUGAGAGACCUCAUGCUGGUGAGAAUCCUUAUGAAUGUCACCUAUAUGAGAAAGCCUUAACUCAUUUCUGUACCUUGAGACAACAUGAGAGAACUCACAUUGGAAAGAAACCAAAUGAAUGCCGUCUAUGUGGGAAAGUCUUCACUCGAUGUUCUUCCCUUGGAGAACAUGAGAGAACUCACACUGGAGAGAAGCCUUAUGAAUGCCAUCUAUGUGGGAAAGCCUUCAGUCAUUUGUCUAACUUGAGACAGCAUAAGAGAACUCACACUGGAAAGAAACCAUAUGAAUGCCAUCUAUGUGGGAAAGUCUUCACUCGAUGUUCUUCCCUUAGAGAACAUGAGAGAACUCACACUGGAGAGAAGCCUUAUGAAUGCCAUCUAUGUGGGAAAGCCUUCAGUCAUUUGUCUAACUUGAGACAGCAUAAGAGAACUCACACUGGAAAGAAACCAUAUGAAUGCCAUCUAUGUGGGAAAGCCUUCACUCGAUGUCCUGCCCUUACAGCUCAUGAGAGAACUCACACUGGAAAGAAACCUUAUGAAUGUCAUCUCUGUGGGAAAGCCUUCACUCGAUGUUCUGUCCUUAGACAACAUGAGAGAACUCACACUGAAAAGAAACCAUAUAAAUGCCAGCUUUGUGGGAAAGCCUUCCCUCAGGGUUCUUACCUUAGAGCUCAUGAGAGAACUCACACUGGAGAGAAACAUGAUUGUCAUCUGUGUGGGAAAGCCUUUACUUAUCUCUCUUCCCUGAAACAACACAAGAGAAUUCACACUGGUGAGAAACCAUAUGGAUGUCUUUGGUGUGGGAAAGCCUUUACUCAAUAUGGUCACCUGAGUCAACAUGAGAGAACUCACACUGGAGAGAAACCUUAUGAAUGUCUUCAGUGUGGGAAAGCCUUCACUCAAUAUGGUCACCUGAGUGAACAUGAGAGAACUCACACUGGAGAGAAACCUUAUGAAUGUCAUCUAUGUGGGAAAGCCUUCAGUUUUUUCUCUAGCUUCAGACGACAUGAGAGAACUCACAGUGAAAAGAAAUCAUAAAUGCUAUCUUUGUGGGAAAGCCUUCCCUCAGUGUUCUUCCCUUAGAGCUCAUGAGAGAACUCACAGUGGAGAGAAACAUGAUUGUCACCUGUGUGGGAAAGCCUUUACUCAUCUCUCUUCCUUGAAAUGACAUGAAAGAACUCAUACUGGAGAGAAACCUUAUGAAUGUCAUCUAUGUGGGAAAGCCUUCAGUUGUUUCUUUAGCUUGAGACGACAUGAGAGAACUCACACUGGAGAGAAACUGUAUGAAUGCCAUCUGUGUGGAAAAGUCUUCUCUCACUAUUCUUCCCUUAGAAGACAUGAGAGAAUUUACUGAAAAGAAACCAAAUGAAUGUCAUCUAUGUGAGAAGGUCUUCACCUGUUAUUCUAGCCUUAGAGUUCAUGAUAACGCUCACACAUAAGAGAAACACUAUGAAUGUCUUCUGUGUGGGAAAGCUCUCACAAUAUGCUCAUCUGAGACAUGAGAGAACUGACUCUGGAGAGAAACCUUAUGAAUCUCAUCAAAGUUGGAAUGCCUUCACCCACUCUUCUGGUUUUUGAGAACAUGACAAAAUAUCCAUGGGAAAGAUACCAUAAGAAUAUUAUCUACAUGGGAAACUUAGUUUAUUUUCAUAAACUUAGACAACAUGAGAGAACUCAAAUUGAGUGAAACCUUAUGAAUGAUAUAUGUAAAAGGCUUCAGCCAAUGUUUACUUAUUAGAUUAUGUGAGAGAACUCAUACCAUAAAUGAUUUGAAUAUUUAAUUGAUUUCAACCCUUGAGUUAUCCUUUAAACAUACCAGACAACUCACACACUGAGGAAACACCAUUUGUAAUGAAUUUGAUAGAGAUUUAAAUCAUUCUUUCUACAUCAAUGUAAGCCAGUUCAUACUGUAGAGAAUGAAUAUCAUGUCAUCUUCAUGGCAAAGAAUUUAGUAAGAAGGACUGAUGAUAUGCAAUGUGAGAGAACUCAUGUUAUACAUUUUUUGAAAUUUGGAGGGUCUUAAUCCUCUGCUCCUAUUGAUAGACAAAUCUUUACCAGAUGAAGGAGCUUCUUGAGGAAUUUCCAGGUACUUCAUGCUGGAGAUGUUCUUCAUGAAAAAUCACAAAAUUCUUUAUUUAUACACCCACACUUGUAGGGCAAUUGAGAAUUCACACUUUAUAAAUCUCUUAUCAGUCUCAUGAAUGCAGGCAUGAAAUCAGUGAUCACUCAUUCCUUUAGCAUUAAUUUUCAUAUGCAGAGGAAAGAAAAAUCCUAAAAUCAAAAAAAAAAAAAAAAAAAAAGAAAAAUCCUAAAAUCCAUUUA